AUGAAGGAAGAAAAUGAGAAGGCCGAACAUCUGAAUGACGCAAGGGUUGGUACUACCACUGCAAUCGUACCAGAAGUGCCUGCCCCUGAAACCACACUACUUUCUAGCAUCGUCGAAGCUACUGUCGACUAUGAAGGACCCCACGAUGCUUCAAACCCAAGAAAUUGGUCGAAAGCUUAUAAAUGGAGUCUAAUGCUUAUAAUAAGUGCACUUUCUAUGACAACAAAUCUCACUGUGCUUAUUUGCGCUCCUGCCAUACCACAAAUCCUGGAAGAAUUUCGUUCUGCCAGUGUACUUAACGCUACCCUGAUCCUAACAAUAUGGAACCUAGGAGCUGCUGUUGGCUGUCUAUUUAUGGGCCCUCUGAGUGAGAUGUACGGACGCAGACCAGUCUAUAACUUGGCAAACCUCUUGUUUCUCCUCUGUAUAAUAGCGGAAACCCAAAGCAAGAAUGUUGCUAUGGUUAUUGUUUUUCGAUGUCUCGGUGGAGUCAGUACGGCCACGACAGCUCUCAAUCCAACUAUUGUGGGAGAUGUGUUUAAUGUUGAAGAGAGAGGAGGUGCUCAGUCUUUACUUUCCCUGAUGCCCCUGAUAGGUCCUGCGAUUGGACCUAUAUUCGGGGGUUAUAUAGCUCAGACAGAGGGUUGGAGAUGGACCUUUGGUCUAGCUGGUAUCACUUCUGGAACAUUAAGCAUUCUGUUCUUUCUGAUCUACCGUGAGAGCUACGAUGCAACAAUUCUUAGGCGCAAAGCAGCAAAGAUGCGCAAGGAGUUCAAUGACCCAUCAAUUCAUUCUCGAUAUGAUGAGCAGGGCUCGAAGAUAAGUUCAAUCGUGAACGCACUCGUGAGACCAAUCAAGAUAUUGGUCGCUCCUAUCUUUGCAUUGUUGAUUUUCUCCAUGUGUUUACUCUCUUCGUAUGUAUAUCUGUUAGCAUCAACAAUCACAGAAGUGUUUCAGACAAAUUAUGGGUUCUCAGAGGGUGAAGCGGGACUCGCAUUUCUUGGGCUAGCCAUAGGUAUGGCAUUAGGCGCAAUUCUUUGUUCUGCGGUGCUAGAUUGGUAUACAAAAAAAAUGAAAGUCCUCCAUGGCGGCGAGAUCAAACCAGAAUGGCGCCUUCCUCCGAUGACCCUGGGAUUCGUAAUUGCCCCAAUAGGUUUAAUCACAUACGGAUGGACGGCUUAUUUUCACGUACACUACAUAGUUCCCGUAUUUGGAACUGCUCUAUGUGGCUUUGCGACCUACACUACAGUAGUCCCUACUACAGUGUAUUUGGUCGAUAUAUCAGGAAUUUUUCGCGGUUCAGCCAUGUCUGCAAUGACUAUGUCUCGCAAUAUAAUGUCCACCAUUUUACCGCUGGCUGGACCACCGCUAUAUCGAUCCCUAGGUUUAGGUUGGGGGAACUCUGUUCUGGCUUUUAUUGCUUUAUCGUUUGCUCCUCUGCCAUUCAUUUUGCUUAGGUACGGAGAACGUAUUCGGAGCAAAUCGCGACUUGAAGACUGGAUGUGA